UUACUCACUGAUAUGGUGUCUCAAAGCUCUCUGAAAUGAAUGACAAGAGACAAGAUGCCUCAAGUGCGGCAGAACACUCUCUGCUCUAAAAUGAGAGCGGGGUUGCCAAAGUUGGGAGAUAUCUUCACAUGGCAACUUCUAAAAACUCUGCUGAUGGGACAAAUCCUCUCAGUUCUGAUUUGUGGAACUGCUGUAACAUCUCAAUAUCUGGCUUCUGUCUACUAUCUGAAUACACCCAUGCUUCAGAGCUUUAUACAUUACACCCUCCUUUGCAUCACAUAUACCACGGCAUUGAUCUUCAGAAAAGGUGAUGGCAAUAUUUUGCAGAUAUUAAAGACAAAAUGGUGGAAAUAUGUCUUAUUAGGAUUAACAGAUGUGGAGGCAAAUUAUGCAGUGGUGAAAGCAUACCAGUACACCACAUUAACCAGCAUACAGCUUCUGGACUGCUUUGUUAUCCCGGUUCUGAUGAUCCUGUCCUGGUUUUUCUUGAAAACCCGCUAUAGGAUCACUCACUUUGUAUCUGUGUGUAUAUGUCUGGCUGGGGUGGGAGCCAUGGUGGGGGCAGAUAUCCUUGCGGGUCAGGACCAGGGAUCUACAAGUAACAUUCUCCUUGGGGAUGGUCUGGUUCUAGUCAGUUCUACUCUUUACGCCAUUUCUAAUGUGUGCCAGGAGUACACAGUGAAGAAUUUGAGCCGGGUUGAGUUUCUGGGCAUGAUUGGGCUCUUUGGAAUGGUCAUCAGUGGAAUUCAACUAGGCAUUAUUGAACACAGCGAAUUGUCCAAAAUUCACUGGAAGUGGGAAAUCGCUCUUCUCUUGGCUGGAUAUGCACUGUGCAUGUAUGGCUUUUAUAGCAUGAUGCCCAUAGUGGUAAAGAUGACCAGCGCCACAGCCGUCAACCUUUCCCUGCUCACCGGAGACCUCUUCAGCCUAUUUUGUGGACUCUUUCUGUUUCAUUACUCUUUUUCAGGACUAUAUAUUGUGUCACUGGUGGUGAUCCUGAUAGGUUUCAUCAUGUUUAAUUCUGUUCCCACACCGAUGCCGCCUCUUGGCCCAGGAUCUGAUGAGGAAGGUUCUGACAAUCAAACUACUGAAUCUGAUGAUGAGAAUACUCAGAGGUGUGUCGAGAUGACGGCAUGUGCGCGUGUGGAUCUAGAGAGAGAUCAAGUCAAGAACCGGUUUAAUAAAAGACAAACACACAACAUUGUUGUCAUUAACAGUACGAAACUGUAGCGUUAACUAAAAAAAGCAAAACAGGUUAUAGACAUGCUCUUGUUUAACAGUGGCUCAAAUGCAUCAUCACUCUUAAUGGUGAGUUACAGUACAUUUUUGUUACAAGGAUGUAACCGAUUGUUUAAUCACAUUAAGUUUUAAGGAUAUCAUUAUAUAUAAAUUAUAUUUAUUGUACGCUGGAUGUGUGUAUGCCAUCACUGUCAUUUUAAACUAAUAUUUAUUGUACAAAGCGGUUAGUGAAAACCGUAAAUUAAAGAUAAUCUGUCAAUUUAUUGUGGUCAGAAUGAGCUAGCUAUUUUUUAUCAUUUAUGUAUUAAUCUUUCAGUACUUUUUUGAAAAGUUCAUAGUACACCACUUUCCCGAUGGAGGAUUUUUUGAAUCUAUGACGAUAUUUGUCUUUUGGUUUUAUCAAGUUUGGAGAAAAUCAUUUCUCGCUAAUGUACAAUGCCACAAGUUUAAUGUCUCAUAUAAAG